CUGUUUGUGCUGGUUGUUCUAAGAUGAAUACCACGUGAUCUGAUAAGUAAAUUCAUAAAAUUCAAUGAAAGAGAAUGUACUUUCUUUUUCACUUGACUGUAUGUGAAAACAACCGUUUGCACUGCUAAGAAUUUGUGAUUGACCGAGUCAACAAGGGAAUUUCAUCAUUGAAUGGAUAUUCGAACUUGGAUCUGGGUAGUCUUCCAUGUGUCAUGAUUAAUGUAAGAGCUUCUUUGAGUAUUGUGGCAUGUUUGCUUUUUCAUUGUAAUGUAACCCUAUUUCUUUUUUUCUCAUCUUCUGCAGCCAUUUCGUGCACAAUUAAAGAUACAUUUUUAUUUGAAUCUUAUAGACAAAGAAGAUGGCAAUGAGCACUCUGGACAACUGAGGAUAACAAGCAACAUUGAACACCGAAGCAAGUCAGUCCAGAAAUCAAAAUAUUUUCCAUUUCUUUCAGAGUCACACAAUUCUUUUCUACCUAGCGAAACGAGAGAAGAUCAGGAAGAGAUUUCUAGCUGGGAAAAGCAGGGUGUGAAAUUCAAGCAUACAUUACAUGAAAAGUCAAGGGAGAUUAUUUUUCCAUUGGGCAAAAGAGGGAAAUAUCUGGAAGUUACUGGGGAGGAAAAGGUCAAUUGGAAAGCCAUGUAGAGCAGAGAGAGUUGCAGGCCCACUCUGGGAGGAAGAAAACGGCUUGAAUAAAAGCACUGCUAAUCAAGAGAUCAUCCCUAUUUUUGAUCUCCAAGUGAAUAUGAGUUGUGGAAAAGCUACAUAGAUGUGCCUGUUGUGGGAAAGAUACAACUUGCAAAUCACAGCUGAUUAUGCCUGAGAGGAUCCCGACUGGAGAAGAACCAUACAAUACUCUAAAUGUGGCAAAACCUCUGAUCAGAACACCUCCAUUGUGGUUCUUGGAAGGACCCACACAGGAGAGAAGCCCUAGAAGUGCUCCCAAUGCAGUAAAUUCUUUAGGAAGCAUGGCAACAUGGACUCACACCAAGGAGAAACCGUUUGAAUGUCCUGAUUGUGAGAAAUGUUUCUGCGAUAAUUCCAACCUGGUGAUACACCAGAGGAUUCACACAGGCAAGAAGCCCUUUAAAUCUCCUAAUUCUGAGGAUAGUUUAAGUCAAAAUUCUUACCUCGUUUCACACCAGAGCACUCAUACAGGAGAGAAAACGUUGGAAUGUCCUGGUUCUGAGAAAAGUUUCAGUAAGAAUUACAGCCUGGUCACACACGGGAGGAUUUACACAGGAGAAAAACCCUUUAAAUGUCCUGACUGUGGGAAAAGUUUCAGUCAGAAUUCCAGCCUGGUGAAACACCAGAGGAUUCACACAGGAGAAAAACCCUUUGAAUGUCCUGACUGUGGGAAAAGUUUCCGUCAGAAUUCCAACCUGGUUCGACACGAGAGGAUUCACACAGGAGAAAAACCCUUUAAAUGUCCUGACUGUGGGAAAAGAUUCCAUCAGCAUUCCAACCUCAUCGACCACCAGAGGACUCACACAGGAGAGAAACCCUUUAAGUGUCCUGAUUGUGGUAAAAGAUUCAGUCACAAUUCUGGCCUGGUGAAACACCAGAGGACUCACACAGGAGAAAAACCCUUUGAAUGUCCUGACUGUGGGAAAAGUUUCAGUCAGAAUUUCAACCUGGUGAAACACCAGAGUAUUCACACAGGAGAAAAACCCUUUGAAUAUCCUGCCUGUGGUAAAAGUUUCAGUACCAAUUUCAGCCUCAUGACACACCAGAGGAUUCACACAGGAGAAAAACCCUUUAAAUGUCCUGACUGUGGGAAAAGUUUCAGUCACAAUUCCACCCUGGUGAACCACCAGAGGAUUCACACAGGAGAAAAACCCUUUGAAUGUCCUGACUGUGGGAAAAGUUUCAGUACCAAUUUCAGCCUUGUAACACACCAGAGUAUUCACACAGGAGAAAAACCCUUUGAAUGUCCUGACUGUGGGAAAAGUUUCAGUCAGAAUUUCAACCUGGUUCAACACCAGAGGAUUCACACAGGAGAAAAACCCUUUGAAUGUUCCGAUUGUGGUAAAAGUUUCAAUCACAAUUCCAGCCUGGUGAAACACCAGAGGAUUCACACCGGAGAAAAACCCUUUGAAUGUCCUGACUGUGGGAAAAGUUUCAGUCAGUAUUCCAACUUGGUUCGACACCAGAGGAUUCACACGGGAGAGAAACCGUUUGAAUGUUCUGAUUGUGGUAAAAGUUUCAGUAACAAUUCCACCCUGGUGAAACACCAGAGGACUCACACAGGAGAAAAACCCUUUGAAUGUCCUGACUGUGGGAAAAGUUUCAGUCAGAAUUUCAACCUGGUGAAACACCAGAGUAUUCACACAGGAGAAAAACCCUUUGAAUGUCCUGACUGUGGGAAAAGUUUCAGUCAGAAUUCCAACCUGGUUCAACACCAGAGGAUUCACACAGGAGAAAAACCCUUUAAAUGUCCUGACUGUGGGAAAAGUUUCCGUCAGCAUUCCAAACUCAUUGGCCACCAGAGGACUCACACAGGAGAUAAACCCUUUGAGUGUGCUGAUUGUGGUAAAAGUUUCAGUCACAAUUCCAGCCUGGUGAAACACCAGAGGAUUCACACAGGAGAGAAACCAUUUGAAUGUCGGCUGCUAGGAAAAAGUUUCAGUAAGAAUUCCAGCCUGGUCACACACGAGAGGAUUCACGCAGGAGAAAAACCCUUUAAAUGUCCUGACUGUGGGAAAAGUUUCAGUCAGAAUUCCAGCCUGGUGAAACACCAGAGGAUUCACACAGGAGAAAAACCCUUUGAAUGUCCUGACUGUGGGAAAAGUUUCCGUCAGAAUUCCAACCUGGUUCGACACGAGAGGAUUCACACAGGAGAAAAACCCUUUAAAUGUCCUGACUGUGGGAAAAGUUUCCGUCAGCACUCCAACCUCAUCGACCACCAGAGGACUCACACAGGAGAGAAACCCUUUGAGUGUCCUGAUUGUGGUAAAAGUUUCAGUCACAAUUCCGGCCUGGUGAAACACCAGAGGACUCACACAGGAGAAAAACCCUUUGAAUGUCCUGACUGUGGGAAAGGUUUCAGUCAGAAUUUCAACCUGGUGAAACACCAGAGUAUUCACACAGGAGAAAAACCCUUUGAAUGUCCUGACUGUGGUAAAAGUUUCAGUACCAAUUUCAGCCUCAUGACACACCAGAGGAUUCAUACAGGAGAAAAACCCUUUAAAUGUUCUGACUGUGAGAGAAGUUUCAGUCACAAUUCCACCCUGGUGAACCACCAGAGGAUUCACACAGGAGAAAAACCCUUUGAAUGUCCUGACUGUGGGAAAAGUUUCAGUACCAAUUUCAGCCUUGUAACACACCAGAGUAUUCACACAGGAGAAAAACCCUUUGAAUGUCCUGACUGUGGGAAAAGUUUCAGUCAGAAUUUCAACCUGGUUCAACACCAGAGGAUUCACACAGGAGAAAAACACUUUGAAUGUUCCGAUUGUGGUAAAAGUUUCAGUCACAAUUCCAGCCUGGUGAAACACCAGAGGAUUCACACAGGAGAAAAACCCUUUGAAUGUCCUGACUGUGGGAAAAGUUUCCGUCGGCAUUCCAACCUGGUUCAACACCAGAGGAUUCACACAGGAGAAAAACCCUUUGAAUGUUCCGAUUGUGGUAAAAGUUUCAGUCACAAUUCCAACCUGGUGAAACACCAGAGGACUCACACAGGAGAAAAACCCUUUGAAUGUCCUGACUGUGGGAAAAGUUUCAGUCACAAUUCCAGCCUUGUAACACACCAGAGUAUUCACACAGGAGAAAAACCCUUUGAAUGUCCUGACUGUGGGAAAAGUUUCAGUCAGUAUUCCAACUUGGUUCGACAUCAGAGGAUUCACACGGGAGAGAAACCGUUUGAAUGUUCUGAUUGUGGUAAAAGUUUCAGUAACAAUUCCACCCUGGUGAAACACCAGAGGACUCACACAGGAGAAAAACCCUUUGAAUGUCCUGACUGUGGGAAAAGUUUCAGUCAGAAUUUCAACCUGGUGAAACACCAGAGUAUUCACACAGGAGAAAAACCCUUUGAAUGUCCUGACUGUGGGAAAAGUUUCAGUCAGAAUUCCAACCUGGUUCAACACCAGAGGAUUCACACAGGAGAAAAACCCUUUAAAUGUCCUGACUGUGGGAAAAGUUUCCGUCAGCAUUCCAAACUCAUUGGCCACCAGAGGACUCACACAGGAGAGAAACCCUUUGAGUGUGCUGAUUGUGGUAAAAGUUUUAGUCACAAUUCCAGCCUGGUGAAACACCAGAGGAUUCACACAAGAGAGAAACCAUUUGAAUGUCAUUUCUAGUGUCGCAUUGUAAGUCCAGCUGAGAUAUUGACUAUUUAAAUUGAUUAAAUUAAAUAGAAUUUGCCUGAUUUUUUGUAGGGAAAUAUGCAGUGGUAUUAGAUGCAGCAGAGGAAAGAAAAAGUUGGAACGUAUUACUUUGAUAAUGGCUAUCUUGCUUUCAGCAUAAGAAGUUGCUGGAUAUUUAUUUUUGUAGAAAUUUGGCUAUUAUGUAAAAAACUUUUUGGGAGUGUUCUUUGCAUUUUUGUGAUGGUGGAUGAUAGAAAUGCUAUGUGCCAGGAGUCCCAGCCUUUUUCUCCCUAUGUGCCCCCAAGAUUUUCAGCCUCAGAAUUCUCCAGCCAGCAUCUCUUGGGGAUUGGAGCACUGAGACUAUAGUUAAAGAGAUUGUGCUUCUUCAUAUAAGGAAAAAACAAGCGGAGAAGAGACAUGAGGGCUUUUUUCCAACGUUCUUCUUUUUCUACCCUGUUUCCCCCAAAAUAAGACAUCCCCUGAUAAUAAGCCCAAUCGUGCUUUUGAGCGCAUGGCAAUAAGGCCAAGCACUUAUUUCAGGAUCCAAAAAAAUAUAAGACAGGGGCUUAUUUUUGGGGAAACACGAUUACAGUUCCAGAAAUUCAGUGCACCAAGCAUGUCUGUUCAGAUUGUGUCAAGAAUGAGGCACACAAGUGGAAGAAACCAUAUGAAUAGCAAAUAUAUUGGGGGAGUUUAGGGCAGUGAGAAAAGCAAUGUAAAAUUUCAGAUGUAAAGGCUGUUCUGCCCUGCAGGUGACCUUCAUGGUUAAAAAGCCAAAAGAAGCAAUUCGAUUGAAACAUGUCAGUUGCUACAUUUUCCUUUUCUCCCCAGAUUUUAUUCCAUUUGUGGUACAUGAUUUAAAACUGGCUCUCCUUCAUAUGAGGGUGGCUUCACUGUGAUUCGCUUGACUGUUUUUCGCACAACCACUGCAGCAACCCCAUGGUCACAUGUUCAAAAUUCAGGUGCUUAGCAAAACACCCAUAAUUAUGAUGGUUGCAGUGUCCCAGACUCAUGUGAUCCUCUUUUGUCACCUUCUGACCUACAAAGUCAACAGGGAAGCUAGAUUCGCUUAACAACCGUGUGGCUAAUUUAACAACUUCAGUGAUUCACUUAACAACUGUGGCAAGAAAAGUUGUAAAAUGGGACAAAACUCACUUAACAGAUGUCUCACUUAGCAACAGUGAAUUUUUGGGCUGAAUUGCGGUAUCAGAGUUGGAAGCGACCUUACAGGUGGUCUAGUCCAACCCACCGGUCAAGACAGGAGACCCUAUUCCAUUUCAGACAAGAGACUGUCCAGUCUCUUCUUAAAAGCCUCCAACCGAAACCCUGUCCUUUAAUGCUGCUGAAGCUCUUGGGAUCAUUUCAUCAAUUAACAUCCUCCCCUUGCUUUAAAGUUAGAUCAAAAAGUGUGAGUGUAUUGUAUGGAGUAAUCACGACAGACACCCCCCUCCACCCAAAGAAUGAAAUAUUUUGGGUGAUAUUAAAAAGAGGCAGAAUAUUAUAUUUCCCCAAAGGAGAAAUGGAGAAAAAAAAUACUAGCAAAGGCAGAAAGCAGCCACAACUGUUUCCAGCAGAUGCCUGAAGUUUUUAGAGAUGGAUAUUUUAUGACCAUUAAGAAAUGUAGGCCAGCCUAUUCACAAACAAAACACCUAGAAUGCCAAUGAUGGGAUUAAAAUUUACAUUUCCCCACCCAAAAUCUAAGGACAGGACCUGACCUUUUAGUACACAGAUCCUCAAAGUACAGCCUGUGGGAUGGCUACGGUCUGCUGAAGCAAUGUAUUGGGCCCACGCAGUUGUGGGAUUCCGCCCUGCCCUUAGCCCCAUCCCUAUCAGCCAUUCCUUGCGUGGCUGGCUGUGUCACCUGCAUCGCCCGUUCUCUAGCCAUCGCCCUUAUCUUCCAGCCCGCGGGGGUAUGCAAACCGCAAAGGUAAGGGCGAAGGGGGAGGGUGGGCAGGGGAGGGCGUGUUUCACAAUGGGGGAGACAGGGUCUCCUCCUGGAGCCCAUUACGAUGUGGAUCCACAAUGUGACCCUGCCCCACUCUCCCCUGACAACAGCAGCGUCGGCUCGUUUUCGCCUCCCAGAUGUCAGUCACUUGUCCUGCAGAUACUACAGGCUGCCUGCCUUGUGAUGCCCUGCCUCCCCACCAGCCAAGUGGUCUUUGGGUCUCUGCUGACCAGCUGAUCAUCAGUGUGCGGCUCAUCAGCCUCUGGAUGUCAGAUUCCCACCAUCUAGCACCAGUUCAGGGGUUCCUUCCCUUCCCCCCCCCCCCGGACAGACAGAGACAGACAGAGACUGAGGAAGGGAAGGAAGGAUGAUAGGAAGGAAGACAGAUUCAGGGGUUGUUGUAAAAACUGUAGUUCAGUAAUAAGGAUGUGAUGGCCCUCCAGUGGAUACUGCACUACACUCCCAUCAUUCCUGACUAUUAGUUGUGCUGUUUAAAAAAUCCAGUGCCAGCAGGGAGAAGUCACGUUGUGAGUGAUUGAAAUUCCUCACAUUGAAACUAAGUGGUGAUAGGUCAUAACAUAGGUAUGUAUUCUUCCUGACACAUUUUCUUGUUAUGUGCCCUAUGAUUUAAAUUUCAGAUAAAUGUAUUUCUCUGCUGUCGUCUUGUUAAUUCAGCGAGCUAUCCCAGGGCACUGCCGGGGUUGAUGGUGAUCCUGCAGAAGAUGCCUCAGGAGCCAGUCUUAUCUCUGUACCCAUCAAGCAUUCCAUGUCCUGGUUUCUCUUCCCCACCCCCAUUUGCUCUUGUAGCACACUUUUCUUUCUUUCGAUAUAAGAGGUAAAAGUCUCUGAAUGUACCUGAGAGCUAAACUUUAGUUGUAUUUGAAAUCUUAAUUUCUCCGGAGGGAAUCAAAUAGUGGAGGGAAGGAGAGACAGAGAUAGAGGGAGAGAGAGGGAAGAGGGAGAGAGAGAAAGAGAGACUGAGACUUGUGGAUUAUAGGCUCCUUGGGGCUGAGAAGAAUUGCUGCAAAACUGAGUUUAUUGAAGUGGACCACUAGACUCCUAAACAACUUAAUAAAAUAGAAUAACAGAGUUGGAAGGGACCUUGGAGGUCUUCUACUCCAACUCCCUCCAUAGGCAGGAAAGCCUACACCACGUCACUCAAAUGGUUAUCCAACAUUUUCUUAAAAUCUUCCAAUGUUGGAGCAUUCGCAACUUCUGGAGGCAAGUUGUUUCACUGAUUAAUUGUUCUGUCAGGAAAUUUCUCCUUAGUUCUAAGUUGCUUCUCUCCUUGAUUAGUUUCCACCCAUUGCUUCUUGUUGUACCCUAAGGUGCUUUGGAGAAUAGUUUGACUCCCUCUUCUUUGUGGCAGCUCCUGAGAUAUUGGAACACUGCUAUCACGUCUCCCGUAGUCCUUCUUUUCAUUAAACUAGACAUACCCAGUUCCUGCAACCGUUCUUCAUAUGUUUUAGCCUCCAGUCCCGUCAUCAUCUUUGUUGCUCUUCUCUGCACUCUUUCUAGAGUCUCCACAUCUUUUUUACAUCGUGGCAACCAAAACUGAAUGCAGUAUUCCAAGUGUGGCCUUACCAAGGCAUUAUAAAGUGGUAUUAACACUUCACGUGAUCUUGAUUCUAUCCCUCUGUUUAUGCAGCCUAGAACUGUGUUGGCUUUUUUGGCAGCUGAUGCACAUUGCUGGCUCAUAUUUAAAUGGUUGUCCACUAGGAGUCCAAGAUCCCUCUCACAGUUACUACUGUUGAGCGAGGUACCACAUAUAUUGUACGUGUGCAUUUUGUUUUUCUUCCUAAAUGUAGAAGCUUACUUUUUUCACCAUUGAAUUUCACCAUUGAAUUCUAAAUAGUUAGAAAGGGGAGAAGUGGAAUAAUAAAAAGGAACACUCACGCAAAAGAAUUUAAAAAAAGAGAAAGCUUUCUAUCUAAUAUAAAAGUCCACAACUGUGUAGUAUUCAAAAGCUCUUUUAUAUAUCUCACUCAAUUUUACAGCUCUCUUUCCAGAGUCGCUAUUAUCUUCUCCUUUCAAGUUUUAACCGUCUGUCAACAGUGGUUUCUCCAAAGAGCACCUGAAUAAACAAUCCUGUAGACACUCUUUGAUGCUCUUCUAAGUUUUAUCUAUAAACUGGCUCAAUGACCUUGAAUUAUAACACAGUUGCUACAUUCAUCAGUGAAAAAAAAGGAAAAAAGAAAAGAUAUAAUGUUUCAGUCCACUAGAUGGCAGUAUUUCUUGCUUCUUCCACUCUCCCUCUAUCUCCAAAGAAGUGAGGGGGAAAAAUAAAAGUUAAAGUUUAACCAAAGGGGAAAGUAACAAAACUAUUCCAAAAUCUUAUAAACACAAAAGGGACCAGGAAUUUAGUGGUUAAACAGGUAAAAAAGAAAAUCUCCCUUCUGAUCCAGUCCAGUCAAAUUUAAAAAGUAAAACUCUCCACAAGCAUGCAGAAAUAGAAAUAAAUUAUAUUGCAGGAAAACUAACUUAAGUUCAGGCUCAAUUCCGCCGCUUCUAUUUUCAAUUUUAAUUAUCUUUUCACAUCAGAAUGUUCUUAAAGUCUAAUUAAAAAAUCUCUCACCAAGUUGUCACACUUUCUCUUUCGUUCUCUUCCAUUCCGGAGGUCUCCCAACUUCAGCAGCUUAAUGGCUGCCUCUUCAGCGCUGGAAAAAAGGGCUUCUCCUGGAUCAACCAGGGACUUUGCAGUGUCCCUGGGAUCGGCAAGAUGUUCUCUCCUCUAUCACUGUCUCUACGGGACAGUGGGGUCCGAUUUGGACCGUCCAGCGGUGAAGAUAUCAACGGCGGUCUCGGAGCUCCGAAACCUUCCGUCAUCCCGUCGUGACGUCAGCUCUGCCCUCCUGGCAUGACCUGUUUUUCACAAACCCAUAUUGGCUUUUGAUUAUUACUUUGUUUGCUUCUAGGUGUUCGCUGAUUCAUUGCUUGAUUAUCUUUUCCAGAAUCUUCCCUUGUAUUGAGGUCAGGCUGAUAGUUUCCUGAAUCUUAUUUUUUUUUCUCCUUUUUUGAAGAUGGGAACUACAUCAGCUCUUUUCCAGUCAUCUGGCUGGAAAAUCCUGUGCUCCAGGAUCUUUGAAAGAUAUAGUUCAGUGGUUCUGAGAUCUCAUCUGCCAGUUCCUUCAGAACCUUGGGGUGUAAUCCAUCCGAUCCUGGUGAUUUGAACUCAUCUAGGGUAGACAGGUGUUCACUUACCAUUUCCCCCCUAUUUUAACUUGUGUUCCUAAUCUGUUUUUUGCGGUGCUCUUUUUGAUAGGUUGGACUGUUUUUUCCUUUUGUGUAAAGACAGAUGCAAAAAACGAGUUAUGUAGCUUUCUCACCUUCUUGCCACUUUCUCCCAACAAAGGACCAAUUGUUUUCUUUUUUUCUUUUCCAUGUCCAUCUAAUUUCUAUUUUAUGUUUUGAUUUUUUUUGCCAAUGUGCAAGAAAGAGCAUUUAUUGGUUGAGAUUUGAAGUUGCCACUUGUUAGACCAAUCUGACACAUAGUCAAGGUCUUUUUAAAGGGUAGUUGCAUUGUCAGUGGUGUUGAAUAGUUUAACAUCAGCAGCGAAGAAAACACAGUUGCUUUUAAUAUGAUCAAAAGGUCAUUUAUGUGAAGUAUAAAGAGUGUUGUACCUAAAUCACUGCAUUGAGGAACACCACUGUUAACAGGUACAGGAUUUAAUAGAGUGCUUCCUAUUUGGACCACUUGUUGUCUGUUUGACAGGAAGGAAGCUAUCCAUUUAUGUAGGAGUCCAGAAAUGACAUAAGAUUUUAGUUUUUUUUUUUUUUUUUAAUUUGAUUUAUAUGCCGCCCUUGUCCGGAGACUCAGGGCAGUUUACAGUGCGUUAAGCAAUACCCUUCAUACUUUUUGUAUACUUAUACAAAGUCAGCUUAUUGCCCCCACAAACUGGGUCCUCAAUUUACCUACCUUAGAAAGGAUGGAAGGCUGAGUCAACCUUGAGCCUGGUGAGAUUCGAUCUUACUUUAAUUGCAGACACCCGGUGUUAAAACAGAGCUCUGUCUGUUGAGCUAUCCAGGCUCAUUUUUAGAAGUAAUUUGUCAUGUACCACUGAAUCAAAAGUUUUACGGAGGUCUAUGUAAAUUGCAUCUAUGCUUUGUGCAGCCAUGCUAGUUUCUUUUGAGAGCUGUUAUUUUUCUUCUUCAUUGGUAUUGGGCUAGACUGGGCUUUUAUAAUCUCACUUUUCAAAAUUUCCCAAGCUUCUUGAGUUGUUUUCCCCUUGAGGAUUCUCAUCCGUGGAUUCCUUCCCAAGCUCUAAGUUUAUUGAAAUUAACUCUCUUAAAGUCCAAGACUCUAGUUUGACUUUGUUCUACUACUUGUGCUUGCAUAAUCUUGAAUUCCAAUAUUGCAUGAUCACUUACACCCAAGGUUCCUGUAGCUUCAACACCUUCUAUUAUUUCAUCUCUGUUCAUGACAAUUAAGUCCAAUAUGGAUGAUACCCUUGUUCCCUUCUCUACUUUUUGGGAAACAAAGUUGUCUGCUAGGUUUGUUAGGAACCUGUUGGAUCUUCCACUUGGCGCAGACUUUGUCUCCCAGUCGAUGUCAGGAUAGUUAAACUCCCCCAUUACUAUUGUGAUGUGUUUCCUACAUACCUUAGUUAGCUGACUAGCAAAAAGUUCAUCUAUUUCCUCUGUUUGGUUGGGUGGCCUAUAGUCUACGGCAAUGCCAUUUUUUCCCCUUUAAUAUUGACCCAAAUGCAUUCAAGAUAAUUUUCAUCAUUGUUGUGCUCUAUUUCUGUAGAAAUGUAGUUAUUUCUUAUAUAUAGUGCAACUCCACUUCCUCUUUUAUUUGGUCUAUUUCUUUUAAAUAUUUAAAUACCUCUAGCUGUAUAUUCCAUUUGUUGGUUUCAUAUCCACCACGCUUUCGUAAUGGCAGCAAUAUCAUAUCUGCUUUCAUUUACUUGAAUUUCCAAUUCACUCUGUUUAUUCCUCAUACUCUGUGCAUUGAUGUAUAGACAUUUGAGUCCAUUUUGAUUGACCCUGUGUUUACUAUCUACGUAAUCUGUGUUGUUCCUGACUGCCCCUAUUUUCUUGCCACCUGUUUGAUUAGUGCACAUGGUAUGUCACUCACUAUUAAAUUCUUGAUUUUGCUUGACAGCAAGGUUGGUAAUCUUACUCGCACAAACAUCUAUGUUACAUGCACUGAUAACCCUAUUAAUUUUAGAAUGCUGGGGAUAGAAAUGUUCUGUAUCAAUUAAUUCUCUGUCCCCACUCUUCAGUUUAAAUCUGUGAAUUUAAUGCCAAGUGAUUCAGUCCCUUUCUUUGAUGGAUGCACCAAGACAAAAUCCUUUUGUGUCAUUGGCCAAUAAAGAAUUCUAUAAUAUUACAUAUCAUAACAGCGGCGAGAAUAGUUUAUCCGCAACAGUGGAAGAGUGAAAACAUACUUAAAGAAAGGGAAAUAAUAAAGAAAAUACUUGAUUGUGCAGAAUGUGAUAUACUGAAGCUAGAACUGAAAAAUAAAGGAGAGACAGAAUACUAUAAGAUUUGGAAUAGGUUUAUCAAUGGUUAGACUUAAGGAAUAGAAUUUAGAAUGAGUAAGAACAAGGAGGCAUAGACUGAAACAAAAGGCAAUAUAUGUAAUAUAGUAUGUAAGUGUAAGUGUGUAUAAGAGGUUAAGUAUGUGUAUAUAAUUAGUAGUAAUGUAUAUUGAAUACAUAAGUGACUUAUGUUAUACUUUAUAAAGCGGAGAUAUCGUCAAGACG